ACAAAAAAUCUAAAAAGUUGCGAACGAGACCGUCUCAGAAAUAUUUUUUCCAUGGUCAGCAAAUUUGUAAGAAAACUUUCUGUUUUGCAUUUGCAAUUUCUCAGUCAACUUUGAAAAGAAUGAGUAAGUCUUAUGACAUGUAUGGCCUGAGUGUCAAUGAACAUGGUAAUUGCAAAACAACACCUGCCCAUGCACUUUCAUUCGACGAUACUACAAGAAUAAAAAAAUUCAUUGAAGAAUAUGCAAAUAAAAAUGCAUUACCUUUGCCGGGACGACUGCCUAAUUGUCCAAAGCAGACAGUUUUGCUUCUUCCAUGUGACAAAAAUGUAACUGACAUUUAUGACUUAUACAUGAAGAGUGCAAAGGAAGCAAACUAUAGAGUUGUGUCUUUAAAAACAUUUAGAAACAAAUGGAAUUCAUUAUGCCCCCACAUUGCAGUAGCUACACCAGCGACAGAUUUGUGUGUAAAAUGUCAAAAAUUCAUGGGCAAAUUAAAAACCAAUGCUCAUCUGUCAGAUGAAGAAAGGCACAAUGUACUAAGUGACUAUACAUGUCAUGUUCAAAAGGCCAACCGGCAACGCCAACUUUUCAAGGACCAGGUUCUUUGUAGUAAAGCUGUGUGCAGUACUACAGAUGUCACUGAAGGUGCAGAACCAUGUUCACUAGAUGCCACACUUCACUACUCAUGGGAUUUUGCCCAGUGUGUACACUACCCUCAUCACGCCAUGCAAGUGGGGCCAAUCUACUUUGCGACACCAAGAAAGUGCCAUGUGUUUGGGAUGUGCGCUGAAGGAACAGGAAUACAGAGAUUCUAUAUGAUUGACGAGUCAGAAAUGCCUGGGAAAGGUGGCGAUUGUGUCACAAGUUUGGUGCACCACUAUUUUUCUCACUUUGGCGCUGGAGAAAAACAGGCAGAGAUUCACUUUGACAAUGCUGUUGGGCAGAAUAAAAACAACACCAUUCUGGGCUAUUGCAUGUGGAGAGUGUUGACAGGUCUGCAUGGGUCUGUUUCCUUGAGUAUGAUGCUACCGGGACAUACCAAAUUCACGCCAGAUUGGCACUUUGGUGUGUGGAAAAUAAAAUGGCGCUGAUGUAUGCUGAAUGUAUGGAGGACAUUGCUUACACAGUUAAAGCAUCUUCUAGGUCCAGGCAUAACAUUCCGCAACGCGUAAAUGAUCCAUCUAGACCGGUGAUGUUUUUGAACUGGAAGACAUUCUUAGAAAACUAUUUCAAACUUUUAAAAAACAUCACAAAAUACUACCACUUUCGUUGCACUGCGGAUGAGCCAGGGGUUCUCAUUUGUCGAGAGUUCUGUGACUCGGAGGAAGUUAGAUUUAAUCUUCUAAAGGCAAGACCCGAGGCAGGCUGCCUUCCGACAGUUAAGUUUAUCCCCCCUCUAGAUCAUCUGAGGCAGUGGUAUCUUUACGAGUAAAUUGCACCGUUCUUUAUCAAUGAAGUUGCCAGAGACAUUGUGUGUCCCAAACCAUCUAUUCCAAAGUAAAAAAUGUGAGAGCUUGUUAUCCUAUUAACAAUUGUUCAUUUUCUCAAAUUGUUGUUCUUGCAUUAUACUUAUGAUAAACUGUUUUCUGAUUAGUAUUCAUGACUAUGACAUUUACAUGGUAUUGUUAUUUGUAUGACAAUUAGCUGAAUAUAUUAUUAACCAGGUUUUCCGAAGGAAAAAACUGGUUAUUAGAUUGGCGAAUGCGGGCGGGCUGGCUGGCUGGCGGGCUGGCGGAAUAAGCUUGUCCGGGCCAUAACUAUGUCGUUCAUUGUCAGAUUUUAAAAUCAUUUGGCACAUUUGUUCACCAUCAUUGGACGGUGUGUCGCGCGAAAUAAUUACGUCGAUAUCUCCAAGGUCAAGGUCACACUUUGAGUUCAAAGGUCAAAAAUGGCCAUAAAUGAGCUUGUCCGAGCCAUAACUAUGUCGUUCAUCGUCAGAUUUUAAAAUCAUUUGGCACAUUUGUUCACCAUCAUUGGACGGUGUGUCGCGCGAAAUAAUUACGUCGAUAUCUCCAAGGUCAAGGUCACACUUUGAGUUCAAAGGUCAAAAAUGGCCAUAAAUGAGCUUGUCCUGGCCAUAACUAUGUCAUUCAUUGUGAGAUUUUAAAAUCAUUUGGCACAUUUGUUCACCAUCAUGGGACGGUGUGUCCCACGAAAGAAUCACGUCAAUAUCUCCAAUGUCAAGGUCGCCACGACUAAAAAUAGAUUUAAAAAAAAAAAAAAACUUACAAAGGGGGUUAAUUUUUUUUGGUCAUUUAAAAAGUUCAGUUUGAGUUUUCUCCCUUUAUCAGAUUUUUUUUUCACAAUGAAAACCUGGUUUUGUGACAAUUUUGUCCCUUGUUAAUAGUGUGUUUCUUUAUUGAAAGUGACAUAGCAAUCAAUAAUCAAAAAUAGUUUAUGGGCAUAUAUAAGCUGAACUGAGAUUUAUAAUUAAUUAACAACUCAAUCAUAGUGAUUUCACUAUAAAAUAUUCUGUACAGUAUGAUUAUUACAUUGUAUAAUAUGACUGGUAUGUGUUCAAAGAUAACUUAAACUGUUGUAGUUUGUAUUGACAUCAAAAUGUGUGAUGUAAACAUAUGUGUUCAUAUUAUGUAUCUAUUAUAUUUUACAAGUAAACGAACAUAUUUUGUUGUGUAAAGUUUAAUCUAUGGUGACGUUUACCAUUGAAUAUUGAUGUGCUUAUUGCUGUAAUUUUCUUUUAUUUGAAAAUCAUGUUUUUGGACCUCUAUAUAUGAAAUGGGUUGAUAUUAUUUUCUAUCUACACUUAUGGUCAAUUUCAUUGUUGAUAACAGGUACAAAUGAAAUUGAAAAUUUACUGUUUCCAUAGCAACUGUUAACUUAAUUUAAAAAAAUCUAAUUAAUUGUGUAUCAAUCUUUGAAUAAAAUACAAUUGCUAAAUAAACCAUGUAUGGCAGUAUAGAUGCUUAACAAAAAUUCAAAAUGUCAGGUUUUUUUUUCAUUUUAGUUUCAAGUUCGUUGCUAUACAAUAUGUUCAAUUUCUGAAUACACCCCUAUUUUCAGAAAAUGUUCAUACAUUGAUUUUACUAUAAACAUGUUGGUAAUGUUUAUUAUCUGUCCAGAAGAUAUUUUGUUGAUGUGUUGUUAUUCUGUGUCUUAAAUUCUUUAAAAUGACAAUACAUUUGAAAAAAGAACAGUGUCUGUUUCCAUGGCAACAAUGAGCGUUUAAUGUUUUAUAAUAAUACAAUUAAUUAUGUAAGUCAUAGUUAAUGACUGUCAU